AUGGAUCAUUUGCGCAUUACUGGACUUAGCACACUUAAAAGUUGUUUUUGGUAUAUCUAUGGAGCGCUGCUACAGCAAGGCGGCAUGUACCUACCCAAAGCGGAUAGUGGUCGUCUAGUGAUCGGUGUAUGGUGGAUUGUUGUAAUUGUUCUAGUCACAACAUACAGCGGAAACUUGGUUGCCUUUCUGACUUUUCCACAGUUUCAGCCAGGUAUAGAUUAUUUUUUCCAAAUAUUUGCAUCUAGAGACAUUCAACAGUUUGGUUUGCGGAACGGUUCCUACUUCGAAAAAUAUUCAACGAUAUCAACCCGCGACAAUUUCCGCGAUUUUGUGCAACGUGCGAUAAUAUACAAUAAUCUUCAAGGCGAGGAUAUUGGCGCUGUGCAGCAAGGUAAACGCGUAAACGUGGAUUGGCGUAUCAACCUUCAAUUGAUUAUACAGAGACAGUUCGAGAAAGAUAAGGAAUGCAAGUUUUCAUUGGGACGGGAAACUUUUGUAGAUGAACAGAUUGGAUUACUGGUGCCAAGAGAUAGUCCUUACUUACAGUUAAUCAACGAUCAAAUAACGCGCAUGUUUCAAAUGGGUUUUAUUGAACGUUGGCAUCAGAUUAAUUUACCUUCUAUGGACAAAUGUAAUGGUCAUGGCGGAAUGCGCCAAAUUACGAAUCAUAAAGUUAAUUUGGAUGAUAUGCAAGGCUGCUUCAUGGUUUUGUUGUUUGGUAUGAUGAAUUUCCGAACUGACUUCGUUUUACUAAUAUAAU